UAAUUGUGUCCGUCGGCGGAAGCGCGUCUGAAAAAAGCCGGCUCAUCUUCCAAAUGAUUUCCCUUCGAGUUAUUGACCUUGCUUUGUCGCGACAGUAGUGAGUUUGUUUGGGCACCUAAAAUACGGUCGAGAGGCAGCGAUUUUUACGUCGCCUUACGCAUAUUGCAAUUCGCACCGCGAAUCGACGUGUUUGUUUUUCGUAGUUGUUUUUCUUUUUGUUAAAUGGAGGAACUAUGCACUGUGUCUGUGAACAAUAAUAAUGUGGUAAAUUGUGUCUGUAUUGUGUGGUCUUUAUUGAAAAAAAGAUUUUCAAGUAGAAAUUUUGAAGAGAAAACGGACAUUAUUAAUUCUAGUAGACUAAAGGAUCCUAUCAAUUUAGAGACGAAAGAAGAAAAGUUAGCAAAGAAAUUUACCAGGCAUUUUCACGUAGGGUUCUAUGAAAAGUAUGAAUGGUUAACCGGCUGCAAAACUUUAAAAAAAUUGUUUUGCUGGCCCUGCCUACUUUAUAAUAUAGCCGAAAAAACACAUUGGAACUCUGUCGGUAUUACAGACUUGAAUAAUUUUCACAAAAGUGUAAAACGACAUGUAAAUAGCAAAAUAUAAGUGCUACAAUUAAAAAAAAAACAUUCGGGACCUAUCGCAUUGA